AAGAGUAAUGGCUGUUUUGUAAAUUGUUUCAAGUUUAGGUCUUGAAGUCAAAUAUCUUGGUUUACCGCAAACCUAGAACCAAACGAGCAAACUGCCGAUCACGACACAAAGAAAACGAAGCGAAAAACCACACAACACUCUUCGACCCGCACCUAAAUUCCUGUUCUCAACCAUCUUCUUACUCUAAAGUCGCUCAAUUUGAAGCAUGCAUAGAGAAAGAAAGUGUCUUCGGCAUUGAACAAAUUAAAGAAUCUUAUGGUUUGAAGAUUAAUUAAAUGGGGAAAAGUAGACCUAGGGCUGCAGAAAAGAGGGUUUUAGGGCAAGGGUCAAUUGUGUUAACAUCAGGCUCCUCGUUAGCUAUACCACCUGCACCUGUUUACACCCCUACGGAAGAGGAGUUUAAGGACCCAUUGGCAUAUAUUUAUAAAAUCAGACCAGAAGCCGAGUCAUAUGGGAUUUGUAAAAUAAUUCCUCCAAAGAAUUGGAAGCCCCCUUUUGCCCUAGAUUUGGAUAAAUUUUCAUUUCCCACAAAAACCCAGGCCAUCCAUCAGCUCCAAGCAAGGCCUCCGGCUUGUAACUCCAAGACAUUUGAAUUGGAGUACAACAGAUUCUUGGAGGAGCAAUGCGGAAAAAAGGCUGUGAAGAAGAAAGUGGUUUUUGAAGGAAAGGAGCUGGAUUUGUGCAAGCUGUUCAAUGGGGUGAAGCGGUUUGGGGGUUAUGAUAAUGUUGUGAAGGAAAAGAAAUGGGGAGAAGUAUUUAGGUUUGUGAGGUCAGGCGGGAAGAUAUCCGCAUGUUCAAAGUAUGUACUAUGUCAGUUAUACAAAGAGCAUUUAUAUGAUUAUGAAAACUAUUAUAGCAAGUUGGAUCGGGUGAAAGAGAAGAGUUGCAAGAGAGGAGUACAAGGUGAGAAGAAAAGCGGACAGCAAAGUUGUAAGAGAAGUCGAAUCAAUGAAGCAGGCGAUAACAUUAAACUACAACAUAAGGGAAAGGAUGAAGAAUACGAUCAGAUAUGUGAACAAUGCAGAAGUGGGUUGCAUGCAGAAGUAAUGCUUUUGUGUGAUAGGUGUAACAAGGGAUGGCAUAUACACUGUUUGUCACCACCUUUGGCACGGGUUCCACCUGGUAACUGGUAUUGCUCAGAGUGCUUCAACUCUGAGAAGGAUAGCUUUGGAUUUGUCCCUGGUAAACAGUUGACCUUGGAAGCUUUUAGGCGUGUGGCUGAUCGGGCAAAGAAGAAGUGGUUUGGUUCAACAUCUGCUUCUAGGGUUCAAUUGGAAAAGAAGUUUUGGGAAAUAGUGGAAGGAUCUGUUGGUGAAGUUGAAGUUAUUUAUGGUAGUGAUCUUGAUACUUCUGUUUAUGGUAGUGGGUUUCCACGUGCAGCUGAUGAAAGACCAUCAUCUAUAGAGCUGAAUGAAUGGGAUGAAUACAGUGAUAGUCCAUGGAAUCUUAACAACUUGCCCAAGUUACAAGGCUCCAUGCUUCGUGCUGUCCAUCAUAACAUUGCUGGUGUGAUGGUGCCCUGGCUUUAUAUUGGGAUGCUGUUUUCAUCUUUUUGUUGGCACUUUGAAGACCAUUGCUUCUACUCCAUGAAUUAUCACCACUGGGGAGAGCCCAAAUGUUGGUACAGUGUCCCUGGUAGUGAAGCCAGUGCUUUUGAGAAGGUAAUGAGGAAUAGCCUUCCUGAUUUGUUCGAUGCACAGCCUGACUUGCUCUUUCAGCUGGUUACCAUGCUGAAUCCAUCUGUCCUGCAAGAAAAUAAUGUUCCAGUUUACAGUGUAUUACAGGAACCUGGGAAUUUUGUUAUUACCUUUCCUAGAUCUUAUCAUGGAGGUUUCAACUUUGGCUUAAAUUGUGCAGAAGCUGUGAAUUUUGCUCCGGCUGAUUGGUUGCCUUAUGGUGGUUUUGGGGCAGAGCUUUAUCAGCAUUAUCGCAAACCUGCUGUGUUAUCCCAUGAAGAGUUGCUUUGUGUGGUAGCAAAGAAUGAUUUUGAUAGCAAUGCGAUACCUUACUUGAAGAAGGAGUUGCUUCGGGUAUACAAUAAAGAAAAGAGUUGGAGAGAACGGCUUUGGAAGAAUGGCAUUAUUAGCUCUUCAUUCAUGGCUCCUCAUGAGCAGCCAAAUUUUGUUGGAGUCGAAGAGGAUGCGACGUGUGUCAUAUGUCAGCAGUUCUUGUAUCUGUCAGCUGUAGGUUGCAGCUGCAGGCCUUCUGCUCUUGUUUGUCUGGAGCACUGGGAAAACCUAUGCGAAUGCAAGCCCCGCAAACGCCAUCUUCUUUAUCGCCACACACUUUCAGAACUAAAUGAUUUGGUCAUUAUGAUGGAGAAGGAUACUUCUGAGGAAACAACCCAAAAGAGAAACACACGAAAGCUUUCCACUUGUACCAAGGACUCACCCUCUUUAUCAAAGAAGGUUAAAGGUGGCCAUGUUACACAGGCACAGCUUGCUGAAGAAUGGCUCGUAAGAUCUUGUAAAAUUCUUCAGAUGCCAUAUUCAAGUGAUGCUUAUGCCAGUGCCUUGAAAGAAGCAGAACAGUUUCUUUGGGCUGGUUCUGAAAUGGAUCCGGUGCGAGAACUGGCAAAAAACUUGGCUGAAGCUCAGAAUUGGGCAGAAGGCGUAAGAGAUUGUCUUUCAAAAAUCGAGCUGUGGACACGUCGUGAUGACUGUAAAGUGGAGAGAGUAAAGAUGGAAUAUGUGAGCUCUUUGCUUGAUGUCAGCCCUGUGCCUUGUAAUGAACCUGGACAUCUGAAGUUAAAGGGUCAUGAAGAAGAAGCGAGAGUGCUGAUUCAAGAAAUCUAUGCUGCUCUUUCAACAUCCUCCAAUGUUUCUAUUGUUGAUUUGGAAACCUUGUACUCCAAAGCUUCCAAGUCGGCUAUAUAUGUAAAAGAGAGCGAGGAUCUAUCAACCAAGCUGUCAGCUGUGAAGCUGUGUCUACAAACUGUAAGAAACUGCAUCUCAGAGAAAACUCCUGAUGUGAUCGAGGUUGAUGUCCUCAAUAACUUGAAGUCAGAGAUUGUAGAACUUAAACUCCAAGUUCCCGAAGUCUCCAUGUUUUUGGAUUUUGCAAAGCGAGUUGAAUUAUGUCAAUCUCGAUGUACUGAGAUGUUGAAAGGUUCUAUAACACUAAAGAAUCUAGAAGUGCUUGUCCAAGAAUAUGAUGGUUUUACUGUAAAUGUACCGGAGUUAAAACUUUUGAGGCAGUAUCAGAGCGACGCCCUUUACUGGAUUUCACGGUUUAAUAACAUUUUGAAGAAUGCUCAUGAGCGGGAGGAUCAAGAAAAUGUUUUUGAUGAGUUGAUUUGCCUUGAGAAAGAUGGAUCAUUGUUGAAAGUUCAAGUCGAUGAGUUGCUUCUUGUUGAUGUGGAGUUAAAGAAGGCUUGUUGCAGGGUAAAAGCUUGGAAGGUGCUCCGUAGUAAAAUGCCUUUGGAAUCUAUUCAGCAAGUAAUGGAUGUUGCCACCGAACUGCAAAUUGGGAAUGAGAAGGUGUUCAAGGAAGUUUCUGAUGUACUUGCUCGAGCUGUGUGCUUGGAAGAAAAAGCAAAACAUGUUCUUGCUUGUGAGGUUCACAUGUCUGAAUACGAGGAUGUUUUAAGGAUGUCGGAAAAUCUUUGUGCACUUGUACCUUCUAUUGAUGGUGUCAAGGGAGCUUUGUUAGUGGCAAAGUCUUGGUUAAUCAAGUCUAAACCAUAUUUGGUUUCUGAUCUCUCUGUGAUGUCGGACGCAGAUUCUUUGCUUAAAGUUGAUGACCUGAAGGAGUUGGUUUUGAAAUCAAAGUUACUGAAGAUGUGUCUGGAAGAGCGAUCUUUGCUUGAAGAUGUUUUACGGAAUUAUAUAAAGUGGGAGCACCAUGCGUGUUCUGCACUGCAUGAUGCCGAGUCAUUGUUGAAUAUUCUUGAUGUCAAUCUAUCCUAUGAUAUUGUCUUCAAACUUGGAGAUCAGAUUACUAAGAUGGAGUCUAUAAUGAAGGCUGAAUAUUCACUUCGUUUUGACUCCGUUGUCAUUCCAAAACUACAGGAAACUUGUGCAAUUCUCCAGUGGUGCUUUAUAGCCCUUAAUUUCCAUGCUGUUGAUCCAACUCUCAAGGAAGUUUUAAUGUUAUUGGAGGAUGCAGAAAAACAUCAUGUUGCAUAUGCAUCUCGUCCUUUUUGGAGGUCAUUGGUCGAUGGUAUGAAUUGGCUUAAGAAAGCCUUAGAGAUCCUUGGUCCAUGCAAUGACAAUAAAAGGUUUGAUUUGAGUGACGUUAAAGAAACUUUGAGACAAUAUAAGAUGAUUAAGAUUUCCUUUUCGUUGAUCCUUGACCGAUUACUUGAUGCUGUUAAGAGGCACAAUGUAUGGGUGGAGGAAGUGAAAUCUUUUUUCAACCGCAGCAGUGGAGAUCGAUCAUGGUCUUUGUUACUGCAGCUUGAGGGAGUUGGAAGCACCGAUGCUUUCAGUUGUACGGAGAUGGAGAUGGUUGCAUCUCAAGUACAAAAGGUGAAAGAGUGGAAGCAGAGAGGCAGGGACAUUGUUGGGGUUAAAGCAGGAGAUGAUAAUCUGCUACUCAAUGCUCUAUCUCAGAUAUUAGAUAGUCUAGACAGAUCUUUAGAGGUGUAUAACAAGAAGGAUGGUUGCAACCAAAGAAGGUUUUGCAUGUUCUGCUCAUGUGAGUCUGGGGAUCAGGAACUCUCAACUUGUUCAGUGUGCAUGGAAUGCUACCAUAUGCAGUGCAUAAAACCAAGUUUAGGAGGUGGCACAACUCAAAGUCAUGCAUCAGCUCACAUGUGUCCCCAUUGCCACAUCAUCGAGAGUGGCAAAAUCUCUCAGCUGAAAAUUGAUGCAAAACGUCCCGAGUUGGAUAUGUUUGUGAAGCUUCUAUCAGAUGCUGAUAACCUAUGUGUCGAGAUUGAGGAAAAGGUUUUAAUUGGUCAAAUCGUUGAGAAAGCUGUGGCAUACAAAGAUUGCUUGACUAAGAUUGUAGAAUUUUCCUUGGCUUCUCUAGGCAAUGACCCAAGUCUUGUUUUUUCUAAACUGUCCACUGCUUUAAAGGCAGUAGAGGUGGCUGGGGUGUAUGAUGGUGAAAGUAACAGCAAAUUUGAGUUUGCAUUAGCAAGAAAUUCAUGGAGAGUUCGAGCAUCUAAAUUAUUGCAACCCUCCUCCUCCUCCUCACAAAAGCCUUCAAUCCACCAGAUCCGCCGCCUACUAAAAGAGGGUGUGGCUAUAAAGGUUCCUUUGGAAGAUAAUUUGUGGAAGAGACUUACGGAAAUAAAGGAAAUUGGUUUGCAAUGGGCGUUGAAGGCGAAAGAGGUUUCUGCUGAUUCUGGUGCACUUGAAUUGCAUAAAGUUUUUGAAUUGAUUGAUAAAGGCGAGAAUUUGGCUGUGCACUUUGACAACGAACUUAAGUUAUUACGAGAACGCAGUAUGCUCUACUGCAUCUGUAGGAAGCCAUACGAUCGGAUACCAAUGAUUUGUUGUGAUAAAUGUGAAGAAUGGUAUCACUUCAAGUGCAUCAAGUUAUCAUGGGUGCCAAAGGAUUACAUUUGCCCUGCAUGCAAGAUCGAUCUACUCGAUGAGAUUGAGAUCGAUGAUAAUAGAUGUACCUCAUCAUCAAUAAUCCAACAAGACAGGUCAAAUGUUAAACUGAAAUGUGAAGAAGAGCCUCAGACCCCGUCUCCAAGACCAGUGGAGUUGAGAAGGGAGGCAGAGAGCAAGGACAUUAGUAGCAGGCGACGCAGUGGAAUCGAACGCUUGUUAUGGAGAAACAAAAAGCCUUUUAGAAGAUCAGCUAAAAAGCGAAUACAGCUUGACAUUUUUUCUUCAUUUUUUCAUGUACAUUCUUAAUAAUUAUAUAAUAAGUCAGUCAUAGCCAUAGUUUUGUUGUUGAUCCAGUUAAAUUGGGAAUGUCGAUCAUUUAAUUUAUUCCCAGUUUUGUCAUCUCAUCUCAUGGUCUUUAGUUUGGACCUUUUUAAAUUAUUUGUAUUGUGGUACCAACUGCUAAUAACUAAUUCCAGAUUGCAUCGA